AACAUGGAUAACGUCCUCCCUGUGGACUCAGACCUCUUCCCCAACAUCUCCACCAACACCUCAGAACCCAAUCAGUUCGUGCAGCCGGCCUGGCAAAUUGUCCUUUGGGCAGCUGCCUACACGGUCAUCGUGGUGACCUCCGUGGUGGGCAACGUGGUGGUAAUGUGGAUCAUCUUAGCCCACAAAAGAAUGAGAACAGUGACCAACUACUUCCUGGUGAACCUGGCCUUCGCCGAAGCCUCCAUGGCUGCAUUCAACACCGUGGUGAACUUCACCUAUGCCGUCCACAAUGAGUGGUACUACGGCCUGUUCUACUGCAAGUUCCACAACUUCUUCCCCAUCGCUGCUGUCUUCGCCAGUAUCUACUCCAUGACGGCCGUGGCCUUCGAUAGGUACAUGGCCAUCAUUCAUCCUCUUCAGCCUCGGCUGUCAGCCACGGCCACCAAGGUGGUCAUAUGUGUCAUCUGGGCUCUGGCCCUCCUGCUGGCCUUCCCGCAGGGCUACUACUCCACCACGGAGACCAUGCCCAGCAGAGUGGUAUGCAUGAUUGAGUGGCCAGAGCAUCCUGACAAGAUUUAUGAGAAAGUGUACCACAUCUGUGUCACCGUGCUGAUCUACUUCCUCCCCCUGCUGGUAAUCGGCUAUGCCUACACUGUGGUGGGGAUCACACUGUGGGCCAGUGAGAUCCCUGGGGACUCCUCAGACCGGUACCAUGAGCAAGUCUCUGCCAAGCGCAAGGUGGUGAAAAUGAUGAUCGUCGUGGUGUGCACCUUUGCAAUCUGCUGGCUGCCCUUCCACAUCUUCUUCCUCCUGCCCUACAUCAACCCGGAUCUCUACCUGAAGAAGUUUAUCCAGCAGGUUUACUUGGCCAUCAUGUGGCUGGCCAUGAGCUCCACCAUGUACAACCCCAUCAUCUACUGCUGCCUCAAUGACAGGUUCCGUCUGGGCUUCAAGCAUGCCUUCCGAUGCUGCCCUUUCAUCAAUGCUGGUGAUUACGAGGGGCUAGAGAUGAAAUCCACCCGGUACCUCCAGACCCAGGGCAGUGUGUACAAGGUCAGCCGCCUGGAGACAACUGUCUCCACUGUGGUAGGGGCCCAUGAGGAGGACCCAGAGGAGGCCUCCAAGGCUACACCCUCCUCCAUGGACCCGACCUCCAAUGGCUCCUCUCGCAGCAACUCCAAGACCAUGACAGAGAGCUUCAGCUUCUACUCUAACAUGCUGUCCUAAG